UAAUAUAGACAGGUUGCAAUCUGACCUGAUAAGAGCGAUCCUGCAUCAGCUUAUGCGCUGCUGAUCAAUUACCACUCGGGUUUCCUGGCUUAACUGGCUACACUGAUUUAGAAGAAAAUGAAGAUGUAGCAAGGACCUGUUAACGUCUAGUUGUUCAGGACACCGCAGAGGAUUAUAUUCAGAAGGAGAGUUUAUUUGGAAUCUGUUAUGGUGUCAGUGAGACCUCUUGAACUCCAUAUCACCUCACCCUGUGACUCUUGCCCCCCAGGACUGACUGAUCCAACCACUCAACAGACUACCACGACAGAUGAUCCUGUUAGCCUGAGGUUAAGAUGGACUCCCCAGUGAAGAUUCGGGCAGACCGGGUGCAGCCAGUGGUGGGCCCCCCGGAUGGAGGCUACGGAUGGUUCAUCCUGGUGGCCUGCUUCCUGGUCUUUGGACUGACAUUUGGGGUGAUAAAGUCCUUCGGAGUGUUUUAUGUGGAGAUACAUAAAUACUUUGAGACAACAGCCACAGGAACCUCGUGGAUUACAUCCAUCGCAGUCGGAACUAUUCACUGUGUAGCCCCCUUGGGGUCUGCCCUUAGUGCUCGCUUGGGCCACCGGGCUGUGGUCAUGAUAGGGGGUCUACUAAGCAGUGUGGGCUUGGUGGCCGGGUCUUACUCCCAGAACCUGGUUCAACUCUACAUUUCUGUAGGGCUCCUAACCGGUUUUGGCUAUGCCCUGACAUGGACGCCCACUGUGACCAUGCUGGGAUUGUAUUUCGAGCAGAGGAGGCCUUUGGCCAACGCACUGGCGAGUGCAGGAGAGUGCAUCCUCACUUUCCUACUGACCCCCCUGUUCCAGCUGCUGGUGGAUCUCUACUCCUGGAGGGGGGCCAUGCUGGUGCUGGGGGGCCUGCAGCUCAACCUGUGUGUCUGUGGCGGGUUACUACGGCCCCUCAACACCCUCGGUAGGUCGCCUCCCUGGGAGGUCGACAAGGAGAAAGGGGACCCGGUGCUGGAUACCUUGCCCCCGACUAAAGCGAGCCCUUGCAGGACAGACAAGGAUAUAGCGAAAAACCAGGACCAGAAGGCCAGAAGGGCUGAGCUACAGAGCAAAGUCCUCCGCUAUGUGGACUACACGCUCAUCAGCGACCUCCGCUUCGUGGUCUACUCCAUGUUCGGGGUGUUUGCUGCCCUCGGGUUCUUCGCCCCAGCCCUCUUCUUAGUGCCCUACGCCCGGAGCCGCGGGGUGGAGGAGUACCAAGCGGCGGCCCUCAUGUCCAUCUCAGCGGCUCUGGACCUGACGGGUCGGUUGUUCUUCGGCUGGCUGGCCAACUUGCGGCUGGUGGAGACGGUGCAGCAGCUGACCGCCACGGUCAUCCUGCUGGGUCUGGUCCUGAUGCUGUGUCCCCUGGCCUCCUCCUUCCCCGAGCUGGCCGCUUUCAGCGCCGCCUACGGCCUGGCGUUUGGGGCCACCGUGUCCGUCCACAUCACCGUGCUGGCUGAGGUCGUGGGCAUACAGCGGCUGGGAAGCGCCCUCGGCUUCUUCAUGCUCAUCCGUAGCUGCGGGGGUCUCCUGGGGCCGCCCAUUGCAGGAUUCUUCAUAGACAAGAUGAGUGACUACGGGACAGGUUUCCUCAUGGCCGGCGUAGCUCUCAUUGUCUCUGCCCUCUUCCUGCUCCUGCUGCACCUGAUGAACCGAAGAGGUCAGCAGGAAGUGACGUGAUUCUCCUACGAAAACCCAGAGGAGAGGGCUGGGGAACUGGACAUUUGAUAGCCAAUAGGACCAUACAGACUGGCAAUUGGUCGCAGCCACAAUGAGCCAUAGUGAUCCUGAAACCCUAGAAAUGAGUUCACGUUGCAUUCGUCAUUUCAAAGGUGGAAAUGAAUGUUGAGGAAUUUGAUGAUUAGGUUAGGAGAAAUAUGUAAAAGAUGUAAAAGAAGUCUUUAGCUUACCAGCUUGAACAAAAACACUGUUGUUUUUCUCCAGGCUACAACCAUAGGCUGCAACCAUGUCUCUUUAGUAGAAAGCUGCCUGUUUAAUUAGUUCUCAAACUAUGUUGUCCACACUGGAGAAGACAAUAAACUAGACGGCCUAAAAAUGUUUUACCAGUUUUGAUAAGAUACAUGCUUCAAAACUGAACAAAAAUGGCUAAUCUUCUUCAGUAUAAUGUACACAAUCUCCUAAACCAGACAUAUUACCUUUUGAAUCCAAAACACAGUUUUAUUUUCCGUUGGCGUUUUGUUAAACAAACCACAAUGGAGGUAGCUUCUGUUAGGGCCUAUAAAAUGGUUGCCAUUACAAAAUUGUUGCUACUGUUCUUUAUUGAGAAUGGAAACAAAAUUAUAUCAGAUUAAAUUUGUUUAGUGGUCAUGUGCACAAAUGUGUACCAAUUGGCUACCAAGUCUGUCGGUCUGAAAAGGAUCUUCAGGCAUUUUCUGGAUAGGGUGUCUGCUGUCCCCCAAUGGACCAAGUCCAUGUUCCAGUCUGGCACUCCUCUCUUAAGAGGGUGGAGAAUUUGGCUGAGUUUCAAUUCUCUGAAUGAACACGACAAGUCAGCUUCAUUAGCAGUGAAUUUGGAAUGGUACAGGGUCGGUAUUACAUGCCAGUCCUUCCCAUUCUCGAUGAUGACAAGUAAAGUAUGUAUUGCUGUGACCUCCAUGCUUACUUUUACUUCCUCACAGCGAGCUUAAACUGUCUACAAUCCAACAGGUGUUCACUUAAAUCUGCUAUUUGUCUCAUCUGUGUCUGUAAAUCAACUGAGCAAGUUAAUUGAGGGUUUGCUCCAAUUUGGUGAAUUGGAAUUCAGCCAGACACUUUUUUACUAUAGAAGGAAGAGUCCAGUUAAGAGGAAACAGGUGGGAUACUUCGGUAUUUCAGCAAUUCGGUCAUGUACCAUCUGUCCCUGAGUCAGAUGAACUGGGGGAUACCAUUUCUAUUUGUUUGCAGUUUGAUUGAAGUGGCUAACAAUUGCCAUUAUAAUCCCUGAAAGCAUGGCUCAUCCAACUACCACUAACUUCCAGGAAGCAGAGACAUAAAAAUGGUCUCCACAAGUUCAUCUGACCAGGGGAAAGCUAAUAAAUUGCCAACAUCUGUUUAAUACGACCACAUUUUGCGGCUACAGGAGACCAUCGUGUUAACAUACUUCAAACGUACCAAGCACAACCCCAUUUUCAAGUCAGACAACCUCUUGUUCGGCCAAGGUCAAAGAACCCAGCAAUGCUGAACAAACAGGACAGGAAAAGCUGUACCAGAGAAUGAACUCAAACUUAUGUUGACAGUUGCAUUCCUGCUUGAGCGGAUUUAUUUUCUAAACUGUGUCUGCUAAAACAAUUACCAUUUUCUCUCUCGCAGCACUGGCAGGCAUCUUUAUAUUAACCAAAAAGGUUUGGAAAAGCAUCUGAUAGCUCAUUCAUAUAGCUGAGACUGGUUCGAUAGCAUAAACACUUACUCCCUCUAGUGAAGCUUAGAGGUAUUUUAAAACAGUUUUUGGCUAAAAUCCAUAAUUGUGGAUCAUGUCAGAAUAUUCUUAUUGCUGAAGCUGACAUUGAUUCAUAUUAUUUUGUCCGUUGUAAAUGAUCAAUUCUAAUAGCGGGAAUUUCCUUUAAAGCUAAACAUUUGAAAUGCUACAAUAGAUAUGUACUUUAUGUACAAAGUCAGCAUAUCAACAUAAACAUUCAAAGGUUCCUUCAAUUAUGUGAUGUGAAACAUUGCUAAAAAGGCUCACAAAAUUCAAUUGUUCAUUUUAAUUCUUAAAGCCAGAAAAAUAAGGGGUUUUCCAUUUUCUGUGCUCUGUAAUGAUUUGUGCAAAAUUCACAUCCAAUAUAAAUAAACUCUAAAGAACCCCUGGAAUAACUUAAAUAAGAAAAAAUAAACAUGUCACCUUCCAUAAAUCCGGAAUAAUAAACUAUAAACUGAUGUUAGCCAAUGUCUGCACUUCCAUAAACACUGGCCACGGAAUGUUGACAUACAUACACGCCCACAAACACUGUCAUGGAGCAAGGCAUACACACA